UGUCAAGUGUGAGCUAUCACAGCCUCCGUCUGUAGCGGCGGUUCUCGAAAUUUCCCUCUCCCCGCCCCCCGGAGGGUUUGCUUCACGGCGAGUUGGCCUUCCACCAACCGCCCUUACCUCCCGCCUUCUCUCCCUUCAAAUCGACUUGCUGUUCGCGUGGGGGUGCCCCGCCGCUCCGACCUCACCGGCGAAGGGGGCUCUUCUCUCGCGGGUCUGCUCCGCCGCUCCGACCUCACCGGCGAAGGGAGCUCUGCUCGCGCGGGUCGGCUUCGGCACUCCGAUCUCACCAGCGAACCCCCCGCCGCUUCUCUUUAACCUUAGGACCCACUGCAGCACACCGGUGCCUGCAUGACCACCACCGCGGGCAUCACCGUCGACGACUGCGACGGAAGCAAGCCGAAACCUCACGUUGGGGUACUUGAGGAACAACGCCGAGGCAAAGCCGAACUCCCGUCCUCCUCGCCAGCACCAACGCAGAUGGACGGGAUCCCUGCUGUCGCGACGACAGCCGCGGGGAGCGACUCUGACACCGGAGGAACCGCCGGUACCGCAUCACCUGCUAUGAGCAUCACCAGAGUGGAGCCCUUCUUCGGAAAGCAAGAGCAGUCUGUUGAUGAAGUGUUGAAUAAUGCCAAGCAUUUAUCCGUACAAUCUCAAGAGAUCCUAAAACACCUGGAGAGAUUAUGUUCACAAGCUUGUAAGGUCCUUGAAAUAAAGAAUGAAGAUCGAAUAAAAUCAGAUUUAGCAGAAGAGAGGAAGCAACAGCUCAUUGAAGAUGUGGCUAGUCAUCUGAAAGAUCUAGUAGCUAAGACUUCUCUAAAGGCAGAUGAUUUGAAGAGGAUCUCUUUUCAAGCUAAGAAGGAUGAUGCUAUGUUGUUGAAAUGCCAGACCGUGCUUACUGACUUCGUUUUCUUCAUGCUAUUAGUACCUUGGCUUGUGCACACUCAUGAUGAAAAAUCACAUCCAGUCGGGUUCUACAUACGCUUGUUUGCGGUCUCAGUUCUGGCUUUCCUCGGGAUGGUGGGUUACUUGAUGUCGCACAUCGUUCGAGGAGCCAAAUGGAGGCAGGCAGUGUACUGCAUCACUAUUGUUUCUGUUCUAUCCACGAUGGGGCUGGUGGCUUUCGCUUUGUUUUCUCUUAUCCCAUUGGAUUACGGUCACUACACAGCCGUAUCAUGGAUAUACCCUGGUGCAUUUGUUCUCGUUGGAAUUAUUCUUUUAGUAUCCUGGUGUUCUAACUAUUGCGAGAUUCCUCGUGAAGAUUCGGAGCUUAAUAUCCCAUUGGUCUAGUGAUUGGUUUUCUUCUCAACAGACGCUCGCAUGUGGAUGUGUUGAAUCACCUGCUUCCUCCGAGUCGAACCAGUGUUACCUUGAAGCAGCUGUAGUGAUGGCAUCUCACCAUCGAAGUGUUAAUACAGUUGUUAACCGGAAACACUAACUGUCGGGCCGUCACGUCUCAAUCUGAAAUCAUCAUGUCCGUAUCAUCGAUAACUGAAUAUGAUGUACAUAUGUGGAAAAAUUGCGAGGGUAAACAGACUCUCUUGCACGUAGGUGCAAGUCAACAUGGAAUGAUACGUUCCCUGCCUUUCGUAAAAAAAAAAGGAAAUUCUGGGUCGUGGUUUUUGGUGAAAGGCUUAAAUGCUAUGCCAGUUUUGAGGAGCUGUGGUCUGUUAACUGAGUUGCGGCUGAAUCUCAAUUACUCAUAACUGAAUCUUGGUCUGUCUACUAAGUUGAGCCCUUUUCGCUUGUGACUCUAGGACCAGAAAAGUUACUUGCGGCUGAAUUGGUGCUCUGUUUUGCUUUCCGUGAGAAUUAUGACGCUACACGAAGGGAUGGAGUGAUCCAUUUCGUUGAGACUACAUCCUACCAACAUCCUAAUUGCUGCUAGAUUCCAACAUAUUAUUUUUUAUGACACAUCGGGACUGACUGGGGAGACCCCUUCUCAAGUCAACUGUCCAAGUCAAGUAAUAAUUUCCCCACUGGGAUAGCAAAGUCUCCUCUGCCUGAACAGGGAGACCAGAGGAGGAAUCUAACAUGAAGCAAAGCAGCUACUUCGCCCGCACUUAUAGAGCAGCGUCGUCCUUGUUUGCACUGCAGAGAAGGAAUAUGAAACCUGGCAAGGCUAGCUCGAAAGUAAAGAAAUUCUUGCAACACCGGCCAGGGCAGAGCAGAGCAGCCUCCCCUCACUAGCUAUGCUGUUCCAUCCAAGGGUCCAUGUAAUGUACUUUCUACUGAUGGGCAAGGCUGGGAAUCACGUGCAGGAGAUGGAAGGAGGACAAGAAUAGAGUAAGACAAUGGGUUUAUGUGUGCUUUAAUUUCCUUCCGCCGAUAUACAACCGGAGUGAUAGAUAUAUUACUUGCCAUUGAUCGUCAUUAUCUCCUCUGAAAGGCUUGUGCAAGCCUAAAAGUAAGGACCUCCUCCACAGAAAAGAAUUCGUUGUUGACU